AUGGUUUCACCCCAAAAGAAAGAAAUAUGUGCAUAUAGUACAGCCCCCACUCCGAGGCCGCCUCCUCGCCUCGCCCCCAGCCCAGCCUUUUAUAUUUUAACCACCAAACCCUUGUCCCCAUUCUCAUCAUUUUUAAUUUUUAUCACACACUUGCACAGCAGAAGCACAUGUAAAGCAAGCAGAGAGAUACGAAACAGAGAGAGAGCACAUCCUUCCUUGUAUUGCUCUGCUCUGCUCUUCUCUGCUCUGUGUUGUGAGAAAAUGGUUCGAGCGCCAUGCUGCGAGAAGAUGGGGCUGAAGAAGGGGCCAUGGAGCGGAGAGGAAGACCAGAUUCUGGUCAAUUACAUUCACCUCCACGGCCACGGCAACUGGCGCGCCCUCCCCAAGCUCGCCGGGCUGUUGAGGUGCGGCAAGAGCUGCAGGCUCCGGUGGACCAAUUACUUGAGGCCUGACAUCAAACGCGGCAACUUCUCCCUUCAAGAGGAACACACCAUCCUUGAACUGCACAACCUCUUGGGCAACAGAUGGUCGACGAUAGCGGCAAAAUUACCUGGCCGAACGGACAACGAGAUUAAAAAUGUGUGGCACACUCACUUGAAGAAGAAGGCCGCCGCCAACCACGACGACAGCAAUAAUAUUAAUAAUCAUCAACAACAACAACAGCCUACUACUAAGAAGCGACGAUCCGCCUCCAAAAAAUCCAAGACCGCCAGCGUUAAGCCGGAUCAACAAACCAAACCGCCGGCGGCGGCGGAGGAGGCAGAGGCGAAGGAGGAAUUAAAGCCAUCAUCUCCAGGCGUGGCUCCUCCGCCUGCUUCGCUGCUGCGGCAGUACUCCAGCGACGACGUGUCCUCCCUGACGACGGGGGACAACGGUGGGGCCCAAAGCAACGACGCGAAGCCCGAUGAUUUUUCUUCCACGGAGGAGAUGGACGAGAGUUUUUGGUCGGAGGUUCUGUCGGCGGACAGCUCUACCUCGACCGACCACGAUUUCCCGGCGGCGGAACUUGGAUCCGGGUUAUACGAUGAUCCGUUGGGUUCGUUUGUGAGUAGUGAGGGUGAUGGGCCGAAAGGUGGUGAGGCGGCGGCGGCAGGCCUGGCCCACUCGAUUGUGGACUAUACUAGCAUGGACUUUUGGUACAACCUUUUGACCGGUGACAACAAUAAGGAUUAAGGAGUUAUCUGAACUCCCACCCAUUUGAGAUAUCUUUUGUUUGUUUUUUCUUCUUCUUAGACUUUAGGGAGGGAGGGAGGGUAUGAUUAGUGUUUAGUGAGUUCUUCCCUUUCUUGGGGGGCCGUCACGAUCCCGAUCUGAUCAUCUUUGAUUUUACUUUCUUUUAGGUUCGAUCAGUUCAGAGUUGUGAUUUUGCUGUUCAAUUUGUCGACAAAUAAUUCAAGAGUAACAAAAGGUGAACCAUCUGAAG